UCUCAUUGGUUAUCUCUCCUAUUUAUAAGUAGUAGAAAUCAGGCAUGACAGAGGAAUCAGAGUAUAAGAAGAUUUAUAUGCUCUGAAAAUGGAGACCGAUGUUUCUAUCCGUCGCAACUACACUAAUAUAUAUUAUCAUUUUGCUUCUCUGUCCUUUUCUGUAUAACUACUUGAAGAGUUCAAUUAUCAGGAUUGCUAGGGUUUUUGUUUCGAGAUUGAUGAUCACAAUGAAUCUGGUCGUGGUUUUGGUGGUGUUUCUGUUUGGGCAAUUUUCUAUGACGAAGGCCAACGUGGUGCUGAUCGGGAACAAUGUCACUCUCUCUUUCGACGACAUUGAAGCUAAUUUUGCUCCAGCGAUUAAGGGUUCUGGGGAAUGUGGAGUAUUGUAUUUGGCAGAGCCUGUGGAUGCAUGCUCGACAUUGACUAACAAAGUUGAAAAAGGCACGAAUUAUAGCUCCCCUUUCGUUUUGAUCAUAAGAGGAGGGUGUAGUUUUGAGGAAAAAGUUAGAAGAGCUCAGAAGGCCGGGUUCAAAGCUGCAAUUGUCUAUGACAAUGAAGAUGGCGGCGUCUUGGUUUCAAUGGCAGGAAAUUCAGCUGGUAUAAAAAUACAUGCUGUUUUCGUUUCAAAAGCUUCUGGUGAGAUACUGAAAAAGUACGCCGGACUUACUAACAUGGAGCUGUGGCUAAUCGCAAGUUUUGAGAACUCAGCGUGGUCAAUCAUGGCGAUCUCUUUCAUUUCCUUGCUUGCCAUGUCUGCAGUGUUGGCUACUUGUUUCUUUGUUCGCAGGCAUCGAAUAAGACGAGAAAGGCCCCAAGCUUCUCGUGUCCGAGAAUUUCAUGGGAUGAGCAGUCGUUUAGUAAAAGCAAUGCCAAGUUUGAUAUUUACCGCUGUUUUAGAGGACAACUGUACUUCAAGAACAUGUGCUAUAUGUCUUGAGGACUAUAGUGUUGGAGAGAAACUCAGAAUUCUGCCAUGUCGUCAUAAAUUUCAUGCUUUCUGUGUGGAUUCUUGGCUUACUUCAUGGAGAACCUUUUGCCCAGUUUGCAAGCGUGAUGCAAGAGCUAACACGAGUGAUCCACCAGCUUCAGAAUCCACACCAUUGCUUUCAUCCAGCCCAUCAUCAUCUGUGGCCUCUUCUGUACUUUCAUCUAUGAGAUCAUCUCUAGCAUCUUCUUCAGCCAUGCAGAUAGUUCCAGCUUUGUCGCAGUCUCCAUAUUCUCUUUCUCACUCUCAUGCUAGCUCAACUCACAUUCAGCAGUCUCUUAGGUCCUCCUACCGCCAGUCCCCUUCUAUUAGUGUCAGCAGAAGCUCAGUGGACCUCCGUAAUGCCUCGUCCCAAAGAUCUCAUGCUUCCUAUUUUGUCUCCCCCAAUUCCUUUGGUUACCCAUCUUUGUCACCCCUGAACUCAAGAUACCUGUCUAUUGCACACAUUCCAAGCCCUAGCAAUGCGUCACCAAGCUUCAUCAGCUCGUCCAGUCAUCAACAUCAUCCACUACAUUGUAGUGAGUCAGCUGCAACAUUUUCUCCUUUUGCUUCGGCCCAAUCUCUUCCUGAAUGUUGAUCGAAAUUUACAAAAUAGUCUGAGAGGGAAGUGAAUCCAGAUGCCUUUCAUCACUCUGACCUCACGUUACUUUUUGAAGUAUUGUGAUUGGGGUCAUAUGAUGUGAAUGCUUGUAUGCUAGAAUUUAUACCUGAAUGUGUCUUGUUACCACCUCACAUGUAUAUUAAAUAUUUACGUUGUCUAUAAGUUUAAUUUGCAAGUUAUGUUUAUGGUUCGUAUUUCUAUAUUGGAUGUUUAUCAAAUUUUCACAAAGUCAAAGAGUGAGUUGUGUUGUGCUGUGUUCGAUAUUGUGAACAUUGCGUUUGAUAUUCGGCAUUGGUGAAUGUUAUUAGGGGGCAUUUGGGAUUGUUUUCAGAAGAAAUAA